GGGGCAGCUCGGCCGCGCGGGAGGCAGGUGGGAGCCGCGGUUGCCGUCAGCCCCGGGCCGGGCGUUGGGGCGAGAGCGGCGGCUCCCCGCUCCCGCUUUCAGAGCCGGCGGGCAGAGGGCUGAGCGAAAGCGCCGCGAUUGCCGCCCGCCCGGCGUGCCGCAGCACGCUCCCGGGGAGGCGGCUCUCCCGGUCCCGCACGGGCAGGCGAGACGAGAGCGGCGGCUGGCAGAGGCGCUGCGCGGAGCGGGGCCGGCACGCUGCCGCGGGACCCCGCACGCCCUCCUCCGGAGCCGGCACGCUGGGCUGAGGCCGUGGCUGUCGGAGCAGCUCCGAGGCAGCGAGGGCGCGGGGUGGCGGGGCCGGGGCUCCGCGGGCUCCGGGCAGCGCCUGAGGCUCCGCUGCUGCCUCGCAGAGCCAGGACGCUGCUUGGCGCGGUGCAGCGCUCCCCGGACGCGACUCCAGCGGCGAGGGCACCCCGAGCGCCGGCGCGCCGCCGCGAUGCCCCGGUAAGCGGGCGAGGAGCCCGAGCCGGUCCCAGAGGUGCGCAGCUCCCUAGAAGAUGGGCGACUGGGGUUUCCUGGAGAAACUGCUGGACCAAGUCCAGGAGCACUCGACCGUGAUCGGGAAGAUCUGGCUGACCGUGCUCUUCAUCUUCCGCAUCCUCAUCCUGGGCCUGGCCGGGGAGUCCGUGUGGGGGGACGAGCAGUCGGACUUUGUGUGCAACACCAAGCAGCCGGGCUGCACCAACGUCUGCUACGACAAAGCCUUCCCCAUCUCCCACAUCCGCUACUGGGUGCUCCAGUUCCUCUUUGUCAGCACGCCCACCCUGAUUUACCUGGGCCACGUCGUCUAUCUCUCCCGGCAGGAGGAGAAGCUGAAGCAGCAGGAAAGCGAGCUUCGGGCCAUCCACAGCAAGGACCCCAAGAUAGAGCAGGCCCUGGCGGUGGUGGAGAAGAAGAUGUCCAAGAUCUACGUGACGGAGGACGGGCGGCUCAAGAUCCGAGGGGCCCUGAUGUGGACGUACAUCAUUAGCGUGAUCUGCAAGAGCAUCUUUGAGGCCGGCUUCCUCAUUGGCCAGUGGUACCUCUACGGCUUUUCCAUGGUGCCCCGCUACGUGUGCAAGAGGGACCCCUGUCCUCACCAGGUGGACUGCUUCAUCUCCCGCCCCACCGAGAAGAGCAUCUUCAUCAUCUUCAUGCUGGUGAUGGGCCUGAUCUCCUUGAUCCUGAACCUCCUGGAGCUCUUCCACCUCUGCUGCAAGAACCUGCUCAGCAACAUCAAGAAGGUGUCGGCGCCGACCAGCCCAGCCCGGGACGCCUUUGCCGAGGACAUGGUCCCCGGCCCCUACCCGCCCAAGCACUACCCCUUCCUCCCCAUGGGCGAGAGCCACACGCCGCCCUACCAGGCCUACAACAAGCUCUCCAGCGAGCAGAACUGGGCCAACUUCAACAACGAGGAGAACCUGGCCAUGAGCGGCGGCGGCAGGCCCCUGUCGGACCCCUACGCCGCGAGGGCCGCCGAAGCCCCGGCCCCCGACGAGAAGCAGUGCAGCCGGCCCAGCAGCUCGGCCUCCAAAAAGCAGUACGUCUAGCGCUGGCUGCCGGUGCCGGCCGCGCCGUGCCGGAGCCGCUCGCUCCUCCGGCUGCCGGACGCUCUGGGACCUGAUGCUGACGAACUCGGCCGAGCGCCUGCGGUCCCCCAGGGCAGAGCCUUUUCUCUCUUCUUUUUUUCCAUGUAUACUGUAAACAAGGAAGCCGCGGAGAAGCUUCCCCGGGCGCUGGGAGGAUCCUCUGGGAGGAUCGGCUGUGGGAAGCGCUUUGCCUCCGGCCCCCGCAGCCCCACGGAGGCCCGUGGCCGGGGGCACCGCGUAGCGGGUCCUGGUCACCGGCCGUAUCCUUCUUCUGUGACCCCCCAGCAAGCCAAGGCCAGCGCGGUGUUUGCUGCAGGGCUGCCAGCAGCGAGGGGAGGGUUAACAGCGACGCCGGCUCGAGCAGGGGAAACUGAGGCAGCGGGCGGCUGGGUCGGCCCUGGUGACCCCCGUCUCUGCAGGGCCGCCCGCUCCGUGGCCCUGGGAGCCUGAGCCCCCCCGCCGCGUCCCGUCCCGGGGCCCUUUCCCAUGCGACGUGUGUCUCUAAGUUAUUUUUAACCUGCUGGCCUGACGACCAAGUUUUCUGCCUUAAAGGUGCAGCCGUGCAACGGGCAGCGGGGCCGGGUGAAGCGGGGGGGCCGUGCCGCCCAGGCCCCUCGUGCCCUGUGGCUUUGGGGGAGGACUUAGCCCAGCAAUUGCUGGUUCGGGGGGGGUUAGGGGUUUUUUAUUACUUUGCACAGGUCAUCUCCUGCCGCACCGAGGUGCCGUGGGAACCCGCUCCGUGCGCUUCCCGCGGAGCCCGGAGAGGCGCCUGCGGGCCGGGGCGCUGCUCCCAGCGCUGUUUUGUAUUUCCCCCCCCCGGCAGACUCGAAAUGUUGCAACUUGUUAAAUAAAAUUGGAUGAAUUGAAA